AUGGCUACACAAACGAGACAAGUUUUCCAUGGACACGAUAAUGAGUUUCAGGAAAAUCACUGCGUGAGGGGAAGCACUGACGGAGACUCAAAGCAGCACUUGAACCAGAAGGAUAUCCGUGGACGUGGCCAAACCUCAGACAAUGCGUUACUGGUUACACAUGUAAACCAGACCCAGGACUUAUUGAAGCUGCAGAGGAGCAAGACCCAGCCUUCAGCUUGGGACUGCUCUGAAGAUUGGCUUUCAACCCACAGUUUACAGUUUGAGAAACUCACCUUGCCUGACCUGCUAAGUCAAGGCACAGCUGUUCUGGAGGAGGGCAGCAAUGUCAAACAGAAAGUGCACUUCUCCACCCAGAUCAUCCACCAUUUUGAAUCAAAGCUUUCUGAAGCCAUCAAACUCUAUCAGCAGAGAAUCCAGUGGCUCACUGAAAACAGCAAAAAGCUGAGCUGCAAGGAGAAGCUGUACGUUCUCUCCUUCGGCACCACCACCAGGGCGCUCUGGCCAGACCCCGUGGAAGUCAGCACCUCCACCCUCCAGGAACUCAAGCACUGGGUGAAGAAAGUGCAGCCCGAACGAGGCACUGAUAUGCUACAAGCCCUGAAGAAAGUCUUCACUAUUAAAGGCCUGAAUUCCCUGGUGAUCAUACUGGGCAGCUGCCCAAAUCAAUCCACUGAAAUCCUGUCUGACUACAUCCAGCAGGCCAUCAUGGGAAGGGCUGUCAUCAUCCAUGCCAUCACUUACAAAUGCAGCAGUCACGUGCCCCCCGCUGUCCUAAAGAACCUCGCAGAAGCUAUUGGGGGCUACUACCACUGCUACAACCCAGAGACAGAGACCCAUAGCAAUCAAGAUGUGGAUGAGCUUCUGGCAGAAAUUAAGAAGGCCCAGAGCCUGCUUCAACACAUCCAAGCCCUGUGCCACAGCAGCCCCUCUAAGGAGCUCAUCAGCAUGAUGAAGGAGAUUUCCACAGAGAUGGCAAAAGAGCCACUCACAAGUCUGUUGCCUAAACCUCCAAAGCAUGAGGGCCCUCUCACAAUCGAGUUCCCGAACUUGAACAGGACUUCUGCAGAAUGGCUAAAGAUCAAUGGCUUAAAAGCCAAGAAGUUAAGCCUUUACCAGGUGCUGGCACCCAAUGCAUUCUCCCCCGUGGAGGAAUUUGUGCCCAUUCUCCAGAAAACAGUAUCAUCAACCAUCCAUGAGAAGGCAAUGGUACAAUUUGAGUGGCACGAUGGAACAGUGAAGAAUAUUCACGUGGACCCACCCUUCCUCUAUGAGUACCAGAAACAGCUCAACAGAGCUAUGCGGAUGUAUGAGAGACGAAUCGAGUGGCUCUCCCUGGCCAGCAGAAGAAUCUGGGGCACCGUCUGUGAGAAAAGGGUGGUUAUACUGCUCGAUAUCUCUGUGACCAAUUCCAUGUACAUUAUUCAUAUCCAACACUCCCUGCGACUACUGCUUGAAGAGCAAUUGUCCAACAAGGACUGCUUCAACAUCAUCGCGUUUGGAAGCACAAUUGAAAGUUGGAGGUCUGAGAUGGUUCCCGUGAGCCAUGACAAUUUGCAGAGCGCCUGGCGGUGGGCACUAAGCCUGCGGUGUCAAGGCAGUAGGAAUGCCCUCAGUGCCUUGCGGAAGGCUGUGGAAGUGGACUUCAAGGACAAGGACAAACACCAAUCGCAAGGCAUCUACCUCUUCACUGGGGGCAUCCCUGACCAGGACAUGUCCCUGCUCAGUGCUUACAUGGCCGAGGUCUGUGGGGGCUGUGACCUCCAGCUGAAUGUGUGUCUGUUCUAUGUGGGUGAGCCAGCGAUGGACAGCACACCCCCUGCCUGCUAUGCCAGCUGCUCCGACACAGCCAACGCCUACAGGGAGGCCACCCGGGCCACUGGAGGCCGAUUCCACUGGUUUGGAGACACAGGCAUUUACGACAGUGAUGACAUCAACGCCAUCGUGUCUGAGAUGGAAAAAGCUUUCAGCUACUCCCAAAAGUGUGCCUUACUCAUGGCUUCCCUGAAGAACCAGUCGGGAAAAGAACUGGAAAGUACUGCUGUCCCUAAAGAAAAACCAAAGAUGCUCAAGCAAAGAAGUCAACCCCCAAAACUCCAUCCUCCCAAGGCCAGAGCCCUCACCGUGACCAGAGCGAGUGUUAAGGAUGACUCUGACAGAGAGAAGACUCUUCCCAUGGAAGCUCUGAAAUGGCGUCCACUCAGUGGCAGAGCGACCAUCCCACCAGCUCCAGUCCAGUCAGUGAAAGAAUGGACUACGGAACGGAAGAGGAAGAAGAUAAAAUCACGGGAGGCAGAGGCAUCUCUCUCCCUGUUUUAUAUGGAUACAGGGAAUAACGUGGGCUCAGUGUACAAGAAGUACCCUCAGGGAAAGAGUGUAAGAAGGAUUAACUCUUCUACUGUGUUGCCCAGAAAGGAUAAAAUUUGCUCAAGCAAAGAGUGGGUAGCCAAUUGUAGGCUCAAAAAUCUGAAGAUGGAGAUCUCCAGACACAUUGGUCCCAGUUGCACUCAUCAAAAGUCAGCACAGGGGUCAGCAUCAGCCAAACACUGCAGUGUCUUCCCCAGCGUCGAGAUCAAUGGACUGGUAAGACACCUUCAGUGCACGCUCUGGGAAAUCGAAAGGUACAUCACAUGCGUGGAGAAGGUGAUGAGGCGCUAUGUCCAGAGGCUGCAGUGGCUGUUGACUGGGAGCCGCCGUCUGUUUGGUGCCAUCCUGGAGAGUAAAGUGUGCAUCUUGCUGGACACAUCAGGGUCCGUGGGCCCCUACCUGCAGCAGGUGAAGACAGAACUGAUUCUGCUGAUUUGGGAACAGCUGCGGAAGCACUGCAAGAGUUUUAACCUGAUCAGCUUUGCAGAAGGCCUACAGCCAUGGCAGGACACUCUGGUGGCGACCACCGAUGCAGCGUGUCACAGGGCUAUGCAAUGGGUGACCCACCUGGAAGCUCAAGGGAGCACCUCAGUCUUGCAAGCAUUACUGAAAGCUUUCAGUUUCCCUGGCGUGGAAGGCGUGUACCUCCUGACUGACGGGAAGCCAGACACAAGCUGCAGCCUUAUCCUCAGUGAAGUCCAAAAACUCAAGGAGAAAAGAGACGUGAGAGUGCACACUGUUUCCUUUAACUGCUCAGACAGGGCAGCGGUUGAAUUCCUGAGAAAGCUGGCCUCACUUACCGGGGGACGCUAUCACUGUCCUGUUAGGGAGGACACACUCUCCCAAAUUCAUGGCCUACUGACCAGAGGCUUCAUUGAUGAAAGGGAUCCUGUCCUGCCACUAUUUGAAGGAGAUGAUUUGAAGAUACUGGCCCGGGAGAUCACCAAGGCCAGAAGCUCCCUCUGGCAGGCCCAGUCCUUCAGAUCCCAACUCCAGAAGAAAAACAAUGCAGAACCAAAGGGGAUGUUCAUAUGGGUGAAGCCCUUCCGGAUGCCCUCUGCAGACCACUGUGGCCAGCCCUUGGUGCUCAGCCCCCGCAGCCCUAGUCUAGAGCUGUGUGAGCUGCUGCCCACAUGCCUGCCCCUCUGCUACAACCACAUGAAUAUGAGUGUCCUGGGCCGGAGACAGUGUGACCCAUCUGGGUCCCCAGCACAGAGGACAGGCCAGCAGCGAGGAAGCAGGCACGAAACAUGGAAUGAUGCCAUUGGUGUGAAUGGACAGAGUUGUGAAAUCCAGGGCAUGGUUGUCUUUGGCUCUUUCUCUGAGGGAAACCAGGCGGCCCAGCACUAA